AUGACAAAAGUGAAUUCCAAUGAGAACGGUCAUCAAGAAAAAAUGAAAUCUCGACCUGUGUUGAAUUAUUUGUACGAACCGAUGUUUCAAGAAGAUGGAUCAUCAUCUGUAACCUCGUCACCACAUCAAAUGUUUCCGAUGAUGUCCCAUUCACCUGGUUCUAUGUCACCACAUCCAUGGCUUAAGGAGCUUAAACCUGAGGAGAGGGGGCUAUAUUUAAUACAUUUGCUAGUCACUUGUGCAAAUCAUGUGGCUACAGGCAGCCUUGAUCAUGCAAAUAUAGCCCUCGAUCAAAUUUCCAAUCUUGCUACUCCUGGUGGUGAUACGAUGCAGCGACUCGCUUCGUAUUUUUCCGAGGCUCUUGCUGAUAGGAUCCUUAGAACUUGGCCCGGUAUUUACAAAGCAUCUCGUUCCACCAGGAUUUCGAUUGUUGCAGAAGAAAUUCUUGUGAGGAAAAUGUUUUUUGAGUUUUUGCCGUUUAUGAAGGUGGCUUUUGUGAUCACUAACCAAGCUAUUAUUGAAGCCAUGGAAGGAGAAAAAAUGGUUCAUGUUAUUGAUUUAAAUGCAACGGAACCUGCACAAUGGCGUGCGCUCAUUCAAGAUUUGAGUGCUCGGCCUGAAGGUCCGCCUCACUUGAGAAUAACAGGAAUCCAUCAGCAAAAGGAGGUUUUGGAACAAAUGGCUCAUGUAUUGGUCGAGGAAGCCGAAAAGCUGGAUAUCCCGUUUCAGUUUAAUCCCAUUAUAAGCAAACUAGAAAAUCUGGAUGUGGAAAAAUUGCGGGUCAAAACUGGGGAGGCUCUAGCAAUUAGUUCCAUUAUGCAGUUGCAUUCCCUCUUGGCGUGCGAUAAUGAACUCAAGAAAAAGUCCCCGUCCACGCCAAUGAGUGAUUUUGGAGUUCAUUUACGAAGGGUGGUACAAAUGAACCAUGGUACUUUAGGGGAAUUGCUUGAAAAAGAUAUGGUUAGUGCUUAUAGUCCAAGUCAAGAUUCGGCUUCUUCUUCGCCUCUAUGUACAACAGCAUCAGCAAAUAUUGAUAACUUUCUUAGUACUUUAUGGAGUUUGAAUCCGAAGGUCAUGGUGGUGACUGAACAAGAUUCUGACCAUAAUGGGAAGAGCCUAAUGGAGAGGAUAUCCGAGUCUUUGUACUUUUAUGCUGCAUUAUUUGAUUGUAUGGAGUCGGCUUUGCCAAGAGCAUCUUUGGAGAGAUUGAAGAUGGAGAAGAUGUUGUUAGGCGAGGAAAUUAAGAAUAUUAUUGCAUGUGAGGGAACCGAAAGGAAGGAAAGACAUGAAAAGCUUGAAAAAUGGGCUCAAAGAUUUGAUUUGGCUGGUUUUGCUAAUGUUCCCUUAAGCUAUUAUACUAUGUUGCAAGCAAAGAGAUUGCUUCAAGGUUAUAAUUGUGAUGGUUAUAAGAUCAAGGAAGAAAAUGGCUGUGUGGUUAUCGGCUGGCAAGAUCGACCCCUUCUCUCAAUAUCAGCUUGGAGAUUUAGGAGGUGA